AUGCUCUCUCGUCAUUCACGUAGAUUGCUUAUCGAAAUGAUUCGACUGUUGAUUGUCUUCUUUGGUGUCCUUUCUUUGGGCCAGGGUCAAACGGAAGGCACUGUCGAUCCGGAGGCACCCGUCAUCACAUUACUGAACAACACCGCAGAAGGCAUAUUCGUCUCUUGGGUGAUCCCAUCGAAUCUGAGUGUACUCAAACAGUCAAUUGACUAUAGGGACUCGGACGGUCGUCAGCGUGAGAUGAUCGUCCAACCAGUCAGUCGAAUGGCGUAUCUACGUCUGAUUCGUCCAUGCCUCGCUUACACUGUUCAGGUGAUCGUGGUCCUGCAGGACGGGAGACGACUCAGUUCGGCACCGCGUGAAAUAGUCCGGACCGCUUCGCCCAUACCUCCACCUCCAACGGAUUUGCAAAUUCAAGAACAUCCUAUCGGUUUCGAGUUAAUUUGGACCUUACCGUUGACUGAAGCUCCCAUUUCGAAACUGAAAAUCAUUGGACGUGGCGAUAAUGGUGAUUUGGUAGAGCAGUCCGUGCUUUACGAUCAAACCAGUGCGACACUGACAUCGUUUCAACUGUUUCAAGGCUACAAUUUGACCAUGAUCAGUGAGAAUUCAUGCGGAAUGUCAAAUGAGUCCGAAGCGGUUCGUCUUGAGGCACUACUGAAACCCGAAGCACCAGUUAUUCUUGGCACAGUACCCGGGAUAAAUGAGAUCACACUCCUGUUCCAAAAAAGCGAAAACAACGAGCGAGUUUACUCUUUCUACGUGAAUUAUACCACACCAGACGGUACUGUCUCUUUGCCCCCAGUGCCCGGGUCUAGUAGUAACGUUACCCUCACCGAGGGCAUCGAGUCGUGUGUGAAGUAUGAGAUUGAUUUGUGGGCAUGGAAUCCCGCUGGUAUCUCGGAGGCGGCACAUACAACCGGUUAUGCGCUGUCAACCAACAAACCAAGCAGUCCGCAAAAUGUGGCCGCAUCCGGGACAGGUCAAUCACUAUUCCUGAAGUGGUUAAAGGCAAAUCCGCAAGAAUUGCUCGAUGAAUACGAUCUUCUUCUGGUGAAUCUGGCCGGGAAUGCCGUCACCUAUUGGAUCCCACCCACAGCCGACACAUUCCAUCUAGAUGGACUGGAUUCCGAUGCCACGUACGCGUUAAGUUUGGAGGCAAAAAAUGCUUGUGGAUGGUCUGACCCCGUCGAUAUGCUGAUCGAAAUAGGACCAGACGGUACAGCUACUCCACUGGCUGUUAAUGACCGAAUUCGGGAUGUGCUCAGCCGCGCCCGACGAGCUGUGAGGUCUGUGGUCUGA